GUUUCAAGCUCCCCCAUGGCCAUGGCUGUGGAUUUUAAAACGUAUGUGGAUCAGGCAUGCAGAGCUGCUGAGGAAUUUGUCAAUAUUUACUAUGAGACAAUGGACAAAAGAAGACAUGCAAUUGUCAGGCUGUAUUUGGACAAGGCCACUCUAAUCUGGAAUGGAAAUGUUGUUACAGGGCUGGAAGCCCUUACUAAUUUUUUUGAGAUGUUGCCUUCCAGUGAGUUCCAGAUCAAUAUGUUGGACUGCCAACCAGUUCAUGAGCAAGCUACCCAGUCCCAGACUACAGUUCUCGUUGUGACCAGUGGAGCUGUGAAGUUUGAUGGGAACAAACAACACUUCUUCAACCAGAACUUCCUGCUGACUGCACAUAGCACUCCUAACAGCACUGUGUGGAAGAUCGCAAGUGACUGCUUCCGCUUUCAGGAUUGGGCUAGUACUUAAAGGAGCAGA